UGUCAAUGUUUGACAAGAAUUACAACCUUACUGGUCUAUGAUUACAACAUCAAUUUCCUAAAUUGAAUAUUAAAAAUUUUAAUCUUAAAAUCAAGCUUGCCCUAUGUUGCUUCGCGCAAAUAAGAAUUAGAUGGCAUCUUCUCGUAUUCAGGCGACAGCUCGCCAUUUGUCUAAAACGUUUAAGAAGAAGACUCGAUUUGAAAUUGGCAUAGCCACUGAACUUCCACCUGCGUACAAAAAAUUCUGGCGAGAAUGGAAGGUAUUGAAACCUGCAGCUGUACAUUUUAUACCCCAGGAGAGCAAGUGGAAACGUGACGAACUGACUGGUGAAACACUGCCAGUACAAAACGUAGCAUUGCCUCUGAAAUAUCCUGCUGAAAUACAUGAAGGGAUAUGGGGUGGGGAAGCUGUGGUAAAAGGUUUUCAAAAAAGAGAUCCGCAGCGUCGCCGCGUUCCACAUUACUGGGUUCCUGUUCUCAAGAGGACUGUUGUAAAAUCCGAAGUGCUUAACACACACCUAUCUGUUACUGUUACUGAUAGAACAAUUAAACUAAUUAAUGACCACUAUGGGUUUGAUCACUACUUGCUCAAGACACCAGCUUGUGAUUUAAUAUCAAUGCUAGCAUUAAAACUGAAAAAGCAAAUACUAACAGAGCUGAUGAAUGGAUGCCCAAGAUAUAUGUAUGACCCAGCAAAGCAGAUGGCAGUAUAUGAGGAAUAUAAAACAUACUUGACCUCUUACACCCCUGAAGAAAUUGAGUGGUAUGGGCUAACUUGGUAUGAAGCCCUAAGCAAAGUAGCGAAGAUGAAAGAGGCUGCUAAUAGACCAGUUCCUUUAAAAAAUAUCUAUAGGAAAAAUCUAGUUGAAAAGUUGAAAGCGGCAGAAACAGAAAUUGAUAAGAGUGCUACUGAUGAUAUGUCCUCAACAACAUCAUGGUUGUCAAAGAUGAAUCCAUUUGGUAAGAAGGAUGAAGCUUAGUUUGUAUAGAAAUGUUUAAUUUAAAAAUUGUUGUGUUAUAGACAAAAUGUAUCUUUGAAAUAAAUAGAAAUAUAGAUAUUGCUGCCUA